AUGAGUUCAUUGCCAUUGGUAUCACUAUCUAAGGAGUUCACCAAUACAAACAGUAUACUUGAGAUGACAAAAAGUCUCUACUUGAACGAUGUUAAUGCAAACGUACGGUUUUUAUUCGUUAUUUAUGGCCAAGAGAUACUUGUGCCGGCUCACAAAAUAAUAUUAGCAGCAUACAGCCCAGUGUUCAAUGCAAUGUUCUUCGGUUCUCUCAAAGAAACUGGCAACAUCCACAUCAACGACGUAUCAAUCGAUAGUUUUAAAGAUUUCCUCAGCAUUUUCUAUCUGGACACAGUGAAAAUUACCAGUGAUAAUAUUGAACAAUUCACAUAUUUGGCUGACAAAUACGAUGUGCCGAAAGGUAUUGAAAUGUGCGAGCGAUUCCUCUUGGACAAUUCAAGAAGCUUCGAUAUUUGCGUAUUGCUUGAGUUUGCGACCAAUUACAAUCUACGCAAACUCCGUGAGAAUUGUAGGUGCAAACCUGCCGAGGUAUUCGAAUCGAAUUAUUUCAUUACCGUCACUUUGGAUAUGCUGAGAACGAUCUUGCAAUUAGUUGACUACAAGUGUUUUGAAGUACAUGUAUUUCGUGCAUGCAUGAGAUGGGCUAAAAAUGUAUGCAAUCAUGAUGGUAUUGAUCCAACAGACGCACCAAAUCUGCGCUUUGCAUUGAAGGACUGUUUCUAUUUGAUUCCGUUUCUGUCAAUGAGAUUUGCCGCUUUUCUCGAUAUUGUUUCCUCAAACCGAACACUCUUUUUGAUCGACGAGAUUAUUGACAUCCAGAAUUUUAUUCUGUGGGGCAAAUCAACCGAUAUCACCAAACAAUUUGCAAAUAGGAAGAACGAAGCUGCAACAUUAUCCUGGUGCGAGGAAUUGCUAAUCAAUUUCAAAAUUCAUCCGGUACAAGAUGAUGGUGCAUGGCUUGACAUUUAUAGCAAACAAUACACAACAUUUAGCUCGUCAUACAGAUUAUUGUUUGGUGGUUUCAAAUUGCGUCCGAUGAAGAAACAACCUGGUCCAAACCGGUUGCUAAACGGAGACAUUCACAUUACAAAACAAAUGGACUGUUCAGACAUAUUGAUUGAUAAAAUUCAAUUGAAGGUUAAUAUUGAUAAUGAUGCUACUCAACUACCUUCUGUUAUGUUUGACAAACACAUUGUCAUCAUACCAAAUGAGAAGUACACCAUUUUCAUCGAUUUUGGUCGUAAUGCCAUUUGUACAACUAGUGGCAUGCUCAGACUGUGGAAAUAUUUUGGAGGUGAAAAUGAAACCAGUUCUACUUUACAAAACGACAUUCGUAUCGAUUUACAUGAUGAUUACACCAACGCCAUGUACAACAUCGUUUCGCAAUUGCACUUCAACCGGGUUUAA